CGAAACGGCAGGUGGCAGUAUCCAUUUCACUGUUAUAUAGUAACAUCUCAGGAAUAUCAACGUAGAAGAAGAUGGCUGGUACUGUCAUGGCGAGUGGUUUCUGACCUCUGUUGGAAGAUCAAAAUCACAUGGCGUUAAAGGGUAGGAUGAGAUGAGGCGAUUCUGAACGCAUUCCCAAGCAAGAUGAUGGUGGGAAAGACAGGGCUUGUGUUAUGGCGGUCAAACGGCCAUAGUCGGUGGCUCCUGUCAUUAAUGAACGUGUCAAUCAGUCGCGGAUACUGUGACAGCCAACCUGCGAACCAGGAGCAGAAUAAUCGACCAAGCGAGAGAUCCAGUUUCAUUCCGGCAGCUGGAUCCAUGCAUGACUGGAUUGGUCCCCCUGACAGGCUGUCAAAUCUCCGGCCAAUCAUUUACCACAUCUCUGAGAAUGAGACUCCGCUGGAGAGAAGGUUGAGACAUCUGAGGCAAGAGACUGAAGAUUGGAACCAUCACUUCUGGGCUAACCAGAACUUCUCCUUCAGCAAGGAAAAAGAAGACUUUAUCCAGUCAUGUCUGGAUGCAAAGGGCUUGGGUACCAGAGAUGAGAAUGGCAGGAAGAGGACGCUGAACAGUGAAGAAAUGGCAGUGUUUUACAAGCAUUUCCUAGACGAGAACCGCGUGAAGCACGCCAACUACAACAAGGAGUGGUACAGACGAAAUUUCACCAUCACUUUCCUCAUGGGGAGGGUAUUUCUGGUCAAGGCUUGGAAGAAGAUGGCAGGAAGAUGGAGUGGAGCGCAUCGGGCCUGACUCCUAAAUAAAAAGCCGUUUGUACAGUAUACAUACCUGAUGCCUGUUAUACGACGAGACAUGCAGGCUGUUUCUGUGUUUGCCUACAGCCAGAAGUCACAUGACUCUCAUGACAGAACUAGUGAUGGGGUGCCCAUUACAGUCCUUGUUGGUGACCUGUUUCUGUCCUUUCAGGACCUCGCAGUAUGUCUGGGGGUUCUUCACAACAAACAUACAUGCAAAUAUUUUUUGUUGCAUUCUCAUUGUUGAACGAUUAUUAUAUAAUUGCAGACUCAAGGGUUGCAUUCACAUGGCAUUUUGAAGAUCUGGAAUGUUCCAGAAUACGGUUUUUGUCCUGGUGAAAUUUGCCCUUGUGAUUAUUAAUUAUGAAGGAAGCUUUAGUAAAAUCUUUGUUGAACUGAA